AGUUUACAGUGCGCUGACGGACUUUUGGAGACUUCAGUGUUGUGCGCUCUCUGUGCGUCACACGCUCAAGCCCUCCACUGGAAGCGCACUAGUCCCGACGAUCAUACAUGCAGAUACAGCCAAGACUCCAGCUUCUCUCCGAACACAACAGGCUUCGUUUUCUCUACAAGCUUGAAUUCGCUUCUACUUGUGGCUGCAUCUUAGGUGUGAAAUGGAUGUCAUCCCUAUGUGUAGCAUCUUCCAGGAGCUCCAAAUUGUGCACGACACCGGAUACUUUUCAGCUUUACCGUCUCUGGAAGAGUACUGGCAGCAGACAUGUCUCGAGCUGGAGAGGUACCUCCAGAGUGAGCCCUACGUCUCAGCCACUGACCUCAAAUUUGAGAGCCAGGAGGACCUGUGGAGCAAGCUGAUGCUGGCCUGCGGGGACAAGUCAAACGAGCCGGACCCAAAGAUCUCCCACAUCAAGGAGGAGGAAGACAAUCAGGACAGCCAGAACCACGACGCUGGCGGCUUCAACUCCGAUGCCAGCAGCGAGGCCUCGGACAGCUCUGAGGAGCUCUCCCCUACCCUCGACUUCUCCUCCAGCUCCUUAACUGACAUUCUGGGAGACAGUGGCGAAGACCUGGGAUCCGCCAUCAUCAGCACGCCGCCGUCCUCACCUGAGCUGGGCAAGGAGGGCUCUGUCGCCCAGGUGUGGAGUGGGAUACAGACUGUUCUGCACUCACCUGGGAAAAUAAGGACUGGUGGCACAGACAGGACCCUGGAGAGGUCGGGGCUGACCAGCGGGGAGGCGUCACCAGACGGCAGGAGGCGGGUGCACAGGUGUCAGUUCAACGGAUGCAGGAAGGUGUACACCAAGAGCUCACACCUCAAAGCACAUCAGCGCACGCACACAGGUGAGAAGCCCUACAGGUGUUCAUGGGAGGGCUGUGCGUGGCGCUUUGCACGAAGUGAUGAACUCACCAGACACUUCAGGAAGCACACUGGAGCAAAGCCAUUCAAAUGCAGUCACUGCGACAGGUGUUUCUCCCGUUCUGACCACCUGGCGCUGCACAUGAAGAGGCACAUCUAAGAUGGCCUCCGUGUUGUGAGCUCAGAGGGAUGAGUCUGGUUGAUUGUCCUGACCUGUGGGGGGAUCAGCAAGGCCGGUGUGUCCUGGGAGCGUUAACAGGGGCACCACCGUGUUCCAGUCAGUGGAAAAAGAUGAAGCAACGCAGGCUAUUAUUUUGCACCAUACUUAGUGCCUCCAACACCUCGCUGUGGAGAUUGCUCUUGAAAGGCUUUUACAGAGGAGCGGGAGGGCGGGGAGAGACUUGAGGACAUUUUUAAAAAUGGGAAAAAUCUGGGCUGGAUAAGACGGGAUGAGACUCUUCUGUAUGGUGGUCGAUGCUUUUUUCCUGGAGGAUUAUGGGACUCCUGUGGGGGUGUGGUUCCUCCAAUGACAGUGUGUUUGCCUGAGCGCAUGGGGUCUGUGAGUGCCUGCGACUGGAUGCCUGUGCUGGCUUUAUGGAGCGGAUGGAGCUUGCAUUGUGGAACUGCGAGUGAAUGACACGGAGGGGUUGAUGUUGUGCGAGGGAGGUUUUUGGGGGGAUAUCUGUGGUCUCAAUGAGAAUGAAUGCAAGAAAAACGUGGUUCUGUCUGUGCUGUUUGAGUCUGUUGGCUGUGGAGGGGAGUAAGGGGUUAUUUGGUGGAGCUGACAUGCUAGAGAGCGCCCCCUUUCUGUCCAGAGGUCGAACUACAGCCCCCUCUUGAAACAUUGGAGGACUUUUUGUUUAGUGCAGCUAUUAAAUGUGCAAUGUACUAUGUAGCCUGUCUCAAAACAUACAUGCUAUAAAGCUCAUUUUGUUGUCCAUUGUGUAAGCUCUGUAUUUUAAAAGAGAAAAAAAAGCAGUUGUACACAGUUAUUGCCAUUAUAACAGAAGUUGCAUGGGAUCUGGGGAUGUGUUGCUCAUCUGUUUGCUUAUAGGACAACAAAAUUCCAUUUGAGAGCAGCUACCUUCAUAUUAUUCAAUAUCAUAGUAUUGUACAAAACACAUAAGGCAGUCAUUUUUUAGUUGGGGAUACCACUAUUGCUUGGCAACUGUCUUGAUGGGAUUUUUGUUCCUUUUUCUUCACUUUUGCUUGUCUCUUUUGUUCUAUCUGUAAAUGCACUGUUGACCUUACUGAUGCCUUAUGUAAGUGGCCUUGUCCUGUUAAAUAGAUCUCUCUCUUUCACUCACACACACACACACACGCGUACACAAACCAAAUGGAGGUUGCAAAUGCACUAGUGCGUUAUUGAAUUGCUUUAUAAAGGGUCUGAUCCAUACAGUCGCACCUUUGCCCUUUUGUCUCGCAACAGACUACACUCCUGAAUAAAAAAAAAAAAAUCUAUAUAUCAGCUUCGUAAUGACUGCCAUUUUUACAUCUGUGUAUUAUUUGUUGAAUAUAUCACAGCUAUAUCAAAACUAACUCAUGGUCCCCAAAAUGACCCAGGUCUGAGACAGAAUUGUGGAGCACUUGGAAAAGCAAUCCCAUUUUGUUUACUACUAUGUAGUGUAAGGUGGUGUGGAUGCACUUCAGAUGGACUGUAACUCAUUGUCAAAGGUACAUUGUCUUGGAAAUAUGUUCUCAUGAAUUGUGGCAUACUCAGCCACUGAGAUUGUGACAAAUUAGGAUUUAAUGCAAAGAAACCAUUUACAGCACGCUUGGGUCAUUGAUAUCUGUUGAUGUGUCAGAAGCUUACAGUCUGUUUUAGAAUAAUGACAACAUUCUCAGUCAUGAGUCUGUUUCGAUGUUGUAUGUAAUGAGAAGUCUCGCCCUUGGGGUGAGUCAAUAUCUUUACUGAGUCCUGGCUUAAACAACCCGUGACCUGACUAAACAAUACCAAAACCGGCCUAACCAGUUCAGCUGAGCUGUGCUGCAGGUCUAGAGGUUUCUGUCUGUGUCUGCAGUUGAACUGAGAUGAGACCAGGACCAAGUAUAUGUCUGUACCAACUUCACUAUAUGCAUGCUUUAACUUCAGUUACCGCACAUGACUUCAGCGCACUUCUCUGUGCGUUUGAUAAAGUUCUGUUUAUUGAAAUCCCUUCAAUUUCACAAUUGGAUUAACUUAAUCACAAUUUCUCCUAUUUCUAGAAAACGUUUUGGAGCCACAGUGUUUUACUGGAUAACAUGUUUUUUUGAAAUGUUGUUGAAUAUGAAAAGAUUGAAAAAGACGUUUUCUGUUUCAAGAGUUUAAGUGGUCAUAAAACGUGUUGAUGUCUGUUACUCAGUGGUCAACUCCGCAGGCAAACUCAACUACUGUACAGGUGAAACUGGUCAACAUUAGAGAAAGUCCAAACACUGAGAAAUGUCAAAAAUGCAAAGAUAUGUACAUUGUAAACUAAGAGAAUUUUGUAAGGAAGCUUCUAUUUUGAAUGGGUAUGGGACCAAAAACAAGUGCAGUGUGUUGUUUGAUGAACCAAUAAAGACAAGAGGCUGAAGUGUUGUAAAAUAGGCACACUCCAUUCUCCUUCAUUUGCUUCUGUAACAUCUUUAUUUUUGAUUUGAUUGAACGUACGUUUAAAAAGACAUCAAUUGCGUAUACACCUGUGGCCUAUCAUCUUUCAAAACACAAAAAAACAGACAAAAAAAAUACUUGAGUUGUCAUAAUUAUGCAUUCUGAUGUGAUUUUGUUUCUCUCAACUUUUUCAAAGACCUGCGAAGACACCCUAUCUUUAGCCAGAGAAUCUUUAUUGGAUAAACGUGGAGAUAAAAUGAGGCUCUAUUUUUGUUUGUUUUAUGGCAUAACAAGAUUUUUUCAUUUGAAAUUGUUUUGUAAAAUAGUUUCUGUAUGAAUGUAUUUUUUAAAUCGAUAAAAAGAAUUUAUUGGAUCUA